ACGAGGCCCCUGACUGUUUCGCACUAUUCCUCUUUUUGUAUAUCUCCUCUUUUCUUCCUCUUUUUUCUCAAUCUCCAAACCUCAAUCGCACGAAGAAUAAGGCGAUCAAUCCUCAAAUCAAACCCUAGGGAAGGGGCGAACAAAAUCAACGAUGAGCGUGAUCGACAUCCUAACUCGAGUCGACGCGAUCUGUCAAAAGUACGACAGGUACGACGUCGACAAGCAGCGGAACGAAAACGUCUCCGGCGACGAUGGGUUCGCUCGCCUCUACUCAUCCGUCGAGGAUGACAUCGACGCCGCCCUCGAGAAAGCGGAGAUGGCGGGUAAAGAAAAGAAUAGGGCGGCGGCGGUGGCGAUGAACGCAGAGAUUAGGAGAACGAAGGCGAGGUUGAUGGAGGAGGUGCCGAAGUUGCAGAGAUUGGCUCUUAAGAAGGUUAAAGGACUUUCAAAAGAAGAACUUGCCACACGAAAUGAUUUGGUUCUUGCAUUGCCAGAAAGGAUUCAGUCUAUACCAGAUGGUACUGCAAAUGUAGCAAAACAAGGUGGAGGAUGGGUUGCUUCAGGUUCUCGCACAGAAAUCAAGUUUGAGUCGACUUCAGAUGGAAGAUUUGACAGUGAAUACUUUCAACAAACUGAAGAAUCAUCCCAAUUUAGGCAAGAGUAUGAAAUGCGCAAAAUGAAACAGGAUCAAGGUUUGGAUGUUAUUGCUGAAGGGCUGGAUACUUUGAAAAACAUGGCCCAUGACAUGAACGAGGAAGUGGACAGGCAAGUCCCAUUAAUGGAUGAGAUAGACUCCAAGGUAGACAGGGCAAAUGCAGAUUUGAAGAAUACUAAUGUUAGACUUAAAGAAACUGUUCACCAGCUGAGGUCGAGCCGAAACUUCUGCAUUGACAUCAUUCUCCUUUGCAUAAUUCUUGGCAUUGCUGCUUACCUCUAUAAUGUUUUGAAGAAUUAAUCUGCUUGAAGAAAUGCCUCAAAAGGUUUUUAUGCUUGGAGACUAUUUGCGUCAGAGUUCGGCGGAUGUAUAUUGUGAAUCGUUACCAGGCUUUUUUUUCCUUACGUUUUUUUUGCCUGCUAUUGCGAGUAUCUAUUUGUGUGCUAUUCAGUCCUUGAGCAAUGCUGGUUGUUUGUACGAGAAUACUAACUUUUUCUGAUUUAUAUUGUCGAAUUUGUGAGGAGCAAGGCAAAAUCUGUAUCUCUAUAUUUAUACUAUGGUGAAAUGUUGGGCUCGACUUUUGUGAUGAGAGCUUUUUCGUGUA